AAAGUCCCCCAAAUCAUGCAGCAUAGGCGGCGCAUCUCUGUCAGAUGAAAUGUUUGGUAUUGUUCUCUGGCAUCAUGUGCUUGGCAGGUUUGUUCCAAUUCCCUCCCAAUUCCCAGGAAGAAUAUUACCUGCAGGGGAUGGGGAUAUUUGCAGGUGAGGUGUUGGCAGUUCCACGAUGGAGCCUUAUGUUGAGAUUUGCAAAGGGACCGGAUUGCCCAGAGUGUUGUUCGUGGCUUGUGAGUACACUCAUGCAUCAAUACAUGAGCUGCAUCAGCUGAAAACGGGGCUCGCUGCUGCUUGGGGAUAAAUAGAAAGCCCUGAAAAGAUGAAACGUCCACAGGAAAUAGCAAAAGAGGAGGGACUGAGAUGCAGGUGUGAGCCUCUGUGGCCACUUUUGCAGGUACUGGGGAAUGCACGGCAGGAAAUCUGCCCACAGGGCACCGCCAUGCUCACGGUGUACCCUGAGGGCUCCCAAACUGUGGUGCCCCUCUGUACAUGUGGUUUUCUGUGCCUCUGAGGCAUGAUCCUGCUGCAGGACAGGAGGCUGAAGCAGCUUCCUCUGGGGAGGUCUGAUUUUGGAACUCUGGGUGCUGGGUCCCAGGGCAGGCUGCAGGACAGAACCAGGGGCCACAGUGUGAGUUGUGGGCAGUGGUGGAUGGGGGCUGAGGGCAGCACAGGGCCCUGCACAAGUAUGGAAGGUGCCUGGCCAUGGGGCUCUGCAGUUCUACUGGCAGUGUCAUAGCGCGAGGUUAAAAUGAACUUAACCUUGAAGCGAGGGGGGAAGGGUUCUUUGGGUGAGGUGGUGGAUCUGGCAGUGUUUGGAGCCUUCAGACUGAGGUAUCUUUUUAAGAACUGUACUUCAGUUCAGCAGCUUGAAAAAGUUCUAAGGAGUGCAGAUGCAGGAUCCCCUUGGCCUUUUAAUUUGUUAGUCUGCUUAUUCCUUCACAUCAAGAGGGUGAGUUGUGCUGCAGUGUCCUGAGAUAUGCACAUCACUCAUUCAUUUGGGUACAGUGAUGGCUGCACCCAAUUCUCACACUACAGGGCUGUGGGUGGUCCCUUGUGCUGUGCAGGAAGGGUGCUCUCUCAGUGCGCAAUUCACCCAACAACUGCAGUUCUUGUUUUCCUCUGCAGCACCAGCAAUGAGCCAGGUGAGGCUGAUUGCAGUGGGAGGUCUGGGGAGGUGGGAGGUGAUGGCCCUACCAAGAGCCAUCUGAACCCCAAGAGGAGUUUCUGGUCAUGGAAGAUGAAGGAGAAGCAAUUGGGAGAGCAUCCAGAGAAGAGAAGCCCAAUGCAGUGGUAUGAAGGAGUCCUGAUGGCUGGCCUGGGAAUUGCAGAAUAAAUGGGAAAUUUUAUUGUUGGCAUUUGUGCAUUAGGACUCUUUGUUUCUGGGUUGCAUUUAAGGAUGUUGUAUUUAAGGAAAUGAAAUCAAGUUGUUUGUUUGUUUUGUGGAUUUUUUUUCCUUAGUCUCUGGCUGCUAUUAUUACAAGGUAAAACAAGAGAGCUACUAACAUGACUAAUUAAAGGGCAGUAGUGUGUCGUUCCCCUGGGCUAAUUAUUCUGUAGAAAAUGGGUCAAUUACUUGGAUAAAUUGUUUGCCAGCAGGAGGCAGGAAAAGGCCCUGCUGCUCCCUGUAGAAUGCUGCCUAUCUCCAGGUGAAGGCUUUGGAGAGUUGCUGGAGGCCAGGGUGUUCAGAUGCUUAGUGCAGAACAGGCAGGGAGUGGAAAUGUCUCACACUGUACAGCAGAAAUAGUGGUCCUUGCGUUUCUGUGACAACACAUGAAACAGGAGCAUCCAGAUGGUAUCUGAGCUCUUGGUGAAAAGACUGUGCAGGCAGCCAGAACAAGGUUAGUGAAGGCUUAGGCUUUCUGGACAGAUGACCAACAUCUCUGCUCAUUUCUGAUUAGUCAGAGGUCAGAGUUCCUGGUGGGAAAUGGUGCUUCCAAUAAGAUGUGGUGCAAGAUAGAGCCCGGACACUUCAUGGGCUGUUUAAAACAAAGCUGAAGGGCAUCUACCUGUAGGUAUAUACUGCUCUUUAACGCAUUCCCGUAGGCUAAGUAAAAGUUCAGCUGCUUUAGAAAUUUAUUUGUAGCCACAUCUGAAUGAGAUUGUCAUUUGUGUAUGAGUUCAGAGGCGUCUAAUUGGUCUGUAUAAAAGAAAGUAGCAUUUUGUUACCUUUGUUUUGUUCUAGAUUUUUAUUGUUGCCAGCACAGAAGUUUGCCACAACCUUAUCUCAAUCCCCUCCGCCCUCGCAGGCUUCUGUCAAAGCUGGAUUAGAUUACAGAGAGAAUCUUCUCUACCACAAAUGUGUGCCGUCUUGCUUUCAUUGCAUAAGAUCCAAGCAUUAGGAGUCAUUGGAUAAGUGCUGAUAGCACAAACAGCAAAACAGGGAGGGCUCCUUCCCAGCUGCCCCACGCUCAGGUGCGCUGGUGCUGAGCCUGCACCAGGGCUGCUGCCAGGCACCGUGUUGUGCUUCUCGACUCAUGUGGGAGAUAACGAGGUAUUUCUGAUGGGGGAAGCUCUCUUCUAGUACGGACAGCUGUGACACAGCGUGCUCUCAAGUGCCUGUUUUCCUUGGUUUGUUUUUGCCUGGAAUAUAUGAGUGGGAGAUGGUCAGACUCACCCAGCUCCAUCAGCUUAAUUUGGUUAAGAACUUUGGGCUGAACUGCAUCCAUACGCAGCUCUAGGUGGGGUGGGUUCUUGCUGUGAUUGGUGGUGUUGGCAGAGCUGGGUGUGCACAGCCUGCAGGAUGCUCUUCAGCCGAGGGGUCCUCCUUGGAUCUUGGAUUGGCUGAGGCUCACGAUAAGGAUGUUUCCAGUACGUCCCAGGAGAGAAAUGAUUUCUUUUUGUGAGAAAUGAUUUCUUUUUGUGAUGCCUGGUGUUUUCAAAAUGUGCAUGUGGUUCCCACUAGCGGCAUGAUAGGUGCCAUGUGAUUGGGUUUAUUUUGAUCCAGCAGGUCUUUCCAAGGCAGGUCUCUCUAUUAAGCCUUUAAUUGGUUGUGGACUUGCACAAGAGCUGCAGGAUGUAGGGCAGAGUUUAUAAAAUUGCUCUAAUGUCUACUAGCAAGAGAGGAGCUGCGGUGAAAGUAAGAUAAUUACUUGGUAGCAGUAUAGAGCUUGGCUGUCCUUGCUUGGGGUUUCUCACUGUGGGUUAAUACUUUGCCAUGGGGAUGAGAUACUGGGUUUCCAAAACUUUACCUUUGGUUACUUCAGCUGACAGGAACUAUGUGCUGUAAGUGGAGCUCCAGGCAGCUGAGCUGCUUUCUGCGCAGUUGAAGACAGAGGUGCAUAUAUAAAGUAGACACUUUAUGUUUUAAUGGAAUAUAUCUCAUGGAUAUGCAAAAGAUCUAUCUCUAUGGUGCAAGUUCUUUUUAGAGCUGAUUAUAACCUUUUGGAAACAGUGCCUAGUUUUGAUAUUUGUGUUAUUAGCUAUUACUGCUCACUGCAAAGGCAGCUGAAGAUUCAAUUCUUUCAUGGAUUAGCUACAGUGUAAUUAGGUUUUCAAAGAGCAGAUCGGUAGGUACAACAUGUUCUUUUCUAAAAAUGCCAUGUAUGCACAUGUUCUGAUUUACCUCUGCUUUUUCGUAGUAGCAGCUCCAGGAGCUGCAGCAGUGCUUAGUACUGCAGCCUCAGGUUGGGGUAUGUACUGUGGAGUGGGGGGGAAUUUUGGAUUUUGUUUUCUUUUUUCUUUCCUAGGUGGUGAAAGUAGAUUCUCGUGUUAGAAGUGUGAUUUGCAUGGUGUGAGACUGGACAGUCCUUGUUUCCCUAACAAUGUUAUGACAAUGACUAGAAUUUGCUGCUCUUCGGACCAGGGCUUAACAAUGUUUGGAGUACUAAAUAAGCUGUAAGUGCUAACAACAAUGCUUCCUCAGCAUCUUUCAUCUGAAAAUCUUACUGUUCUUAAUGAAUUUUUGUGCCUCUCUGUGAGGAAGGAAUUACUACUGUCAUUUAGCAGACAAGUGGAUAAAAUAAAAUGCUUUCAUAGAGACAUUCUGAAAGCCAUUUAUAUUCAGGAAUAUUAAUGCUUCAACUCGCUUUUGAGCUGCUAUAUUGUCUUUUCUCUUUUGCCAGAUACAGCUAUAGGUAUUAAUUUUGGUAGAUGUUUGGUAGAUUUAUUUUUUUUUUAAUUGGGUUAGGAAACAUGAAAGUGAGACAUUAUUAUGCAACAUCUCUAAGUGUGCAUGUGAUACUUGAAAAAUGGUAAUCAGAUAAAUUGCUAAGCAACUGUACCCUGCCUUCAGUUACCAAAAAGCCAGUGACUUUGCUUUCAUGAUGUAACAUGCUCUAUACUUCUCCAUGAAGCACGUGUGGGUGGAGUUCUGUAAGAGUUGCUCCUUUUAACUCCCCUCCUGCUUGACUGCCAUAUUGUGAGGUCAGGUUUGACCGUGGUUUUACAGAAAUGUAUUCACAGAACCUGAAAGCGACAGAACAAAUGUUAGAUGAGCUGUUCAAAAUAAUGAAGUGUAAGUAAGUGUGUAUAUAAGGAAACAGCCAUUCUCUCCCACGGGCCUUCACCAGCUUGUAAAGAGCAGGCCAUAGCUCAUCCCUGGGAACGCGAGAGGUAAGAAAAUGAGUGAGAGGCUGAUGUUAAAAGGCACACAUCAGGGAAAUGUGGUGAGCUGUGGGGAACCUUGAACACCACUGCGACCCAUUUGACCCAAGUGUUGAGAGAUGCAGUAAUGCACAAUAGCCUGUAUGUAGAGCCAGCUGGUUCGUUCUCAUUGUCUUAGCAAGAAGGGAAUAGCAGGAACAUCAGCAGUGAAGUGUGCAUGGAGAAACAGUAAGUAGGACUCCGAUAACAUAAGGCAGAUUUAGGGGAUUUUGUUUGAAACCUGACUACCUGAUAGAUUACAGGAUCUGUCUUAGAAAUUCUGCAGGGUAACUGCAACAACAACAAAAUAGACUCUUGUUGGUUAUUCUAAAAUUCUGCUUCUUGUUGGUGACCAUCCACAGCAGCAUUUGCAGCUCCUGUGGCUUGUGGAGCACCUGCCCAAGGUUCUCCAGUUCUCGCUGGUGCCAGCGCUUUUAGGAGCACUCUGAGACUGAAGGCCUUCCAGAAGCCACAGUGUGCUGAUGUGGAGGUGUUUGGGAAAGGAUGCUCCUAAUCUUGAAGGUGCUUUGUUUUUUUUGCAGGUGGCCGAAAGCUACUUUUUAUGGAGUUUUGCAAUCUUGUUGCUGUGCUCCUCUUCCAGCCCAGAUGUCAUCUCAUGGGAUGGUGCAGCCCUACCUCCUGCCUUUGGGAGGGAGUGCCAUGUUCUGUGCUCUAAGUACCUUGAGUCUAGGGAUCCCAGGGCCUGGCUGCUCCAUGCGCAGCUGGAAACCCCAACCAAAGGACAGAGGAAAGGGCGUGCUGGGUUCAUUUGGGUGACAUCUGCAUCACCCUCCGUGGAGGUCUUGCAGGGGUUAGAGGGUGGGUGUGCAUUGCUGAGAAGUUGUUUGCUUUCUGCUUUAGAUAAACUGAGCCUGGGUGCUGCUCAAGGGCUUCGCUGUUGGUGGAACAUCUCAGUUUAAUUACCAGGUAGUGGCAUGGACCUGAGUUUCCUUCUCAAGUGCACUUUGCAAAUCAUGAAAAAGCAUAAGCAAACAGGUGAAGGAACACGCAAGUAGCCGCUUGGCAGCCAAGAAUUUCAUUUCCAUCCAGUUCUUACCGGAUGAGUGCUGCUCCUUCACUUACUGACGUGCAGCACUUGCCUGCUGGUGUUGGCAUCUGAGAGGAGCCCAAGUCUUGCAUAACAAUGGGCUUCAGAUUCUUUCUUCCUUUUUUUAUUGAAUGGCCGCACUACUGCUGAAUAUUUGUUGUAGUUGUUGAUUUUUGCUAAUACAAACAUUACACCUUUUUAAUCAUUAGCAUUUCAGUACAAAAAGUUCACUUAUCAUUUAUGUGACCUUUUCUGACCAGCCAAAGUGCUGUGAACUCCAAGGUCAAGCCUUUAUCUUCAAUGCUGCAUUUCUGCUCUUAUGUUACCACACAGUCUUUGCUAACAAAGAGUUUCUUUUUCUUUCAAGUGUAGAUACACGUGCGACUGAAGCGAUGGUUUCUCAAACAUUUUGAGCUCAUAGAAAUGAAGGAGGCUUUUUUGUUUGCUUUUCUUACUGAAAAAAAGGAUCUCUUUCCUGCUGGGUGGAGGCCUGAAAGCCAGAUCUGGGAGGUGAUAUGGCUGAGUACAGGGAGGUUUUUGGUAGCAGCGUUCAGAUGAAUGGCAAAUCCCUUGAUUGGAGUUUCUGUGACACUGUGGGCGGCCGUAGGGCUGGUGCUAGCAAAAGGGCUGAGCUGCGCAGCAAUGUGCAGGACAGGACAGAGCUGUCCCAGUGUUGUCCCCCUGCCAGGAGAAUUUCUCAGCUCCGCUCUGUCCUCACUCCCAUGCCAAACCUUUGAGUAAGGAAUGGAGCGCUCGCACCGAGAUAUGUGGAACUCACCUGGCAAUAAAUAUACCCUUUUGAAAAUGUUGUACUUUGUUUUUUUUUCCAGGGUGUGCCCAGCCUUGUGGCAAACAGUGGGUGUAUGUGUUUAUUAACUAGCUUCAGAGAUGGGAAGCAAAACAAGUGACCCAGAGCACAGCUUCUGGUUUAAAAGCAGUGGUGUGUUUUUUGGUUUUCAGGUUUGUGCCUUGAAGGAGUCAAGAGUGUUACAGCUGCUUAUUUUGUAUCAUUUUGUUCUUCUCUCUUUUAUAGAACAAAUUAUAGUCAAAUAGAUCUGAGCAUGUAAAAAGAGUUCUCAGUGUUAUUUAAAAUGCAUUUCUAGGAAAUACUUUUUGAAGUUUUGUGUGCAAGCAUCUGAUAAAUAGCUCCAUAGAAACCUAUACUCUACUGUUACAAAAUGCAUACAGUGAAAAUAGCAUACAUGUGAAUAACUUACAGGAACAUCAAGUUUAGAGCAAUUUAAAUGAGAGCUAAUAAACAACAGCCGCUCUUUCCAGUGUGACGUAUAAGUACCUGGCUGUUAAAAUAGCAGCUAUUCCUCAUGGUAAGAGAGGUUCCAAAGCAGACGUUAACAUCAAUGCACGUGCAGGAAGUGCUUGGUGUGUCUCAUGAUACUCAGGUUACAUUGAUUUAAUUAGUAGUUUUAUGCUAUUCAUCACUCUGCUGAUCUUGGUGGGAAGGUUUUGUUGGGGAAGGAUUAGUUAUUUAAUCUGCAUUUUUUUUUAUUGGAAUAUGUUUGUAGUUCAGUGUGAUCUAAAGGCAAAUGGUGUAUUUCUUCUAUUGUUUGUAUUGUAUUUCUUUGUUUUUAAGAGAAAAUGUUUCUGUUGAAUUACUGUUGGAUUUAGGUGCACAAAAUUUUAAGUUCAUUGGGAUCUGAUAAAUGUUUAUAAUAUCUAAAGGAGGUGGGGUGCAGAUGGAUGAGGCCAGGCUGUUCUUGGUGCAGCAACAGGACAAGAAGAAUAGCCUAAACUUUUAUGUGGGAAUCUCCAUAAUAACAUGUGGAAUAACUUUUUUAUGGUAAGGGUGAUGGAGUGCUGGAACAGGCUGCCCAGAGAGGUUGUGGAGUCUCCUUUUGUGGAGGUAUUCAAGACCCAUUUGGAUGCCUACCUGUGUGAUCUAUUGUAGGGUACUUGUUUUAGCAUAGAGGUGGGACUCGAUGAUCUCUUGAGGUUCCUUCCAACCCUUGCAAUUCUGUGAUAACGUGAAGAUCCUGUUUGUUAUGCAAUCUGGCACAUAGUUGUUCUUGCUCUGUAACUUCGUCACAUGCCAUUAAUCUAGAAAAUUGCUGUGUGUAGACAAGCCCUAAGAGUGUGAGAUCUGUGAGACUGAAGUGGUUAUGUGCUGGAUAUUUUUGUGCUGGAACUGGCACCUCAAUGUGUGACUUCUGCGCAAAGCAGCACAGUGGCACCCUGAGAAGUGGAGGGCAGCUCAGGCAUGCAGCUCUGCUCACGGCCUGGGUCCGAUGUAGGGGCAGGUGGCAGCCACCUCACCAGGGCAGGGGGGAAACAGGCUGGGGGCUGAAAAGGGCCUGCCUGUGUGAAGGUGUGGAGCAAAAAAGGGAGGGGAAGGAAUGUGUGGUUAGAGGGGAUAUAGGGAGGCAGUGUUAGGAGGAGGAUUGAGAUAAAACUUAAAAAAAAAUAAAUUAACAUAUUUAAAAUGGUUGAUGGGCAGGAAAAAAAGACUGAGCGGACACUUUCUGGUAGAUCCUCUAUGGUUAACUGAGCCCUUGUCUGAGAUGGCAGUGGUGAGGAACCUUUGGUCGUUGGUUCUAGCGCUAUGCUCCUCGUGUUUGUCAUGGCAGGGAUCCAGAAGGACAGUAUGGAGCAGAAGGACCCAGCCCAGCUUGGGGAGUGGCUGCCAGCCCGGGACUGGGGUAGGGGCAGCACUCAUCUGCACUUGGUAGAGGUUGGCCAUCCACACAGCCAGGUGCCAGGGCUGAGAUACAUAUGUUGUAUUUUGGGUGUUGGAAGGUUCUCUCGCAUUGUGCCGCAUUAACAUUAACCUGUGCUGCUUUGCUUUAUGAAGGCUGCCUGGUCGCCACGCUAGCUGCUGGUUGCAUGCUCCUGUCUCGAAGACAGCAGCUGUCUGAAGCGGCUCGGACCUGCGGGGACAGCCUGGCCUCACCACGGAUGCUGUGAACUGAGAGCUGGCCAAAGUGGGAGAGCUGCUGGAUCCCUCCCAACAGCUGAGAGAGGAAGAUAUUUUCUGUGUGAAUUGGCAACCAAUAGGAGUGAAGAGAGUGCCUACCAGGGUGUGUGCAGAAGGAUGGCUGCGGCAGAACCUCUGACCGCUUUCUCCCGAUGGUACCUCUAUGCCAUUCAUGGCUAUUUCUGUGAGGUCAUGUUCACAGCUGCCUGGGAGUUUGUGGUCAACUUCAACUGGAAGUUCCCAGGUGUUACCAGUGUGUGGGCACUCUUCAUCUAUGGCACCUCCAUCCUCAUUGUGGAGAAGAUGUAUCUGUAUCUCAAAGACAAGUGUCACAUUUUAGUUCGCUGCUUUAUUUACACCCUCUGGACGUAUCUCUGGGAGUUCACCACUGGCCUCAUCCUACGCCAGUUCAAUGCCUGCCCGUGGGACUAUUCCCAGUUUGAUUUUGACUUCAUGGGCCUGAUCACCCUGGAAUAUGCCAUCCCAUGGUUUUGUGCUUCUUUCAUCAUGGAACAGCUGGUGAUCAGGAACACCCUGCGCUUGAGAUUUGAUGAGACUGCCGAGCCAGGGGCUCCUACUGUUCCCAUUGCCUUGGCCAAUGGCCACGUGAAGACGGAUUGAACCAUGACUCGGAGCCACCCUUAGCAAUCUGAGAGAGCCCAGACCUCUACCACAGGCUGUUAGCUCUGGCUUCGAGGUACUGCUCCUUGCUGUAUGAUAAGAUUCAUAAACCCCAUUUUUCUAAUGGGGGUGUGCAUGGGAUAUACCAGAAAAAAAAAUGGAACCAAUAGAUUUUGUAAGGAUUUUACUCUUUGGGUUCCAAGGACCAAUAUCAGUUACUUGUUAGUUAGGUCAUUUCUGAUUUUAACUUAUUACAGAUGAAAGCAGUCCUUUUGCUUACACUUCUGUGUGGAGAAAGAAGGAGGGAAAAAAUACUAAGGUGGAAAAGUAUUCAAAAAGGAAAAAUGGAAUCAUUGGAGGAUGGUCAUGGACACGCCAGCAAAGUCAGUGAUCGGCUUACUCCAUUAGGCAAUAUUCAGGUGCUUGCUUGCAACCAAUACCUCCUGUGGGACCUGAGAUGCUGCAGGAACAAGGAAAAUCCGUCUGCUAUGGAGAAGAACCUAAGGCUGGCAGUCUGCUGGGGAGGUAGAUGGUGUUCCCCUCAUGAGGUCCUACUGGCCUACCCCCAAGGUUCUUUUUUUGCACCACAAUAUAAUAUGGUGCUGGACAUCUUGCUGAAUUUAUACAAAUCUUGUACUUUUUGAAAUCUCAGUCCUGAUAAUAGAUUUUUUUUUUUUUUUCUUUUUUUUUUUUUUUUUUUUUUUUUUUUUUUUUUUUUUUUUUUAAGAAAAAGCCUUUUUUGCUGAGUGAAUUUUACCAUAAUCUGUGCAAUCUGAAUCUUGGCAAAAGGCACAAUAAAUAUGUAAGUCUUCCCAUCUCCUCUGUCCCCCCAAAGCAGAACUUGUCUGAAGGGCUGCUGCAGAUUCCAGCUCUCAUCCCAACCAUGCAAACUUUGUAGAGACUAUACAUGCCACAAGAGUCUUCUGCCUUCCUUCCCAGGGAUUCCUCUGUUUCUGGUGAUGUUGAUGACUUAAUCUGGCUGCAACUCAUUGUAUUUGACCAAAGGUCAACAUUUUUGUGUGGCUGAAGUGGUACCCAGCAUUCGGUCCUCUAGCACUGAUGGUCACCCUCCAUCAGCACUGGCAGCCCAGUGGUCUCCUCAGUGUUCCAAGAGGAUUUGCUCUUCUUUCCCAAAUUCUAUUCUAAAUAACUACAGCAAACCUUUCCCAUGAGAAUAACUGCAGGCAGCAAGAGAUAUACCAUGCUGUCUGUUAUAGGGAGACACAUUACUUCCAAAAACAAACACAAUUCUCCCUGAGGAGCUCUUCUUCACAGUUUGAGCAAGGUUUUGGGUUCUAGUGUGAGAGAAGCAAUAGAGAGCGGUAGGAGCAGGGAGUGCUGUGGCUCCAUUUUGGAGCUGCUUGCAUGGGGGCAGUUUGAAAUUUAACCUCAUGGGAACACUUGUAGAGUCCGGGAAAAGCUGUAGAACGGGAAAGGUGCCUGAUACUGGCAACCACAGGUUAAAUAAUGUGCUUUGGUAAGCCUUGGCUGUCAGAGCCACAAAAGUGGAAUUUCCUGUUGUCAGAAAUAUCGUGCUCGUGACAGCUUUACCAGGCAGGUUUGCUGUAAUUGUCUCAUAGGACAGAUUAAUUUUGAGUGUUCCUAUACUGUAAUCAGCAGAGCUGCAGCAGGGAUGAAUUUGGCUUGAAACACACAUGUUUGUCUGGUUGUGGGUUUCCACUCUUGCACUGGAAGCAGCCAGGUUAUUUUUGUGCUGCUCCUCUGUCUGAGGUAGAGCUCAGCUGUGAACGUUGUCCCUGGGGAAUCUUCUCCCAAGGGGAGAAGCACUUCUAGCCCUGUGAAGGGAAUCAUUGUCUGGUUCUGCCCCUAGAAAGCCAGUGUUAAUCCUUUCUGUGUUGCACAGUGUGCAAUUAUUUUAUUUCUCUCCUUCCCCCUUCUCACAUGACAUCCAUUGCUGGCAAUGGACACAAAUCAAUGGUGUCAAGGAGUUAAUCACAUCUGCCCUAGGAUACACAGUGUCUCUUAAAGCACUCUGAAUGUUUAGAUGGGUAUUUAGGGUUUCCUUUUUAUAGACCAUUAAAUUAAAAGAGAGCAAAUACUGAGUAGAUGUAUAUACUUUUUCCUUGCUGUGAUGCCAGUAUUAUAAAACCAGAGAAGCACUAUGUUGUUUGUCAGUCCUGAUGGUCUUGCGUGUACAGACCCAGGCAAAACAGUCACCUCAUGUAGUGCAGGGGGGCAAAAAGAGAUGAGCUCUGCUGAAUUAGAACAAGAACUGCAAGGUAUAGAUAAGAGCUGGGAUCUCAUCCCAUACCUGGAGGUGUUCAGGGCCAGGCUGGAGGGGCCCUGGGCAGCCCUAUAUGGUGGGUGGCAGCCCGGCCCAUGGCAGGGGGUAGGAACUAGAUGUUCUAUGAGGUCCCUUCCAACCUAAGCCAUUCUAUGAUUCUGUGAUGUCCCCGCUUUGGCCCUAAUUCUGUCAGGGUCAUGCAGUACCUGGAGCCAGGCUGUUCUCUCACAGCACAGCAUGGCUGUGGUGUGAUGCUGCUUCUUAUCUCUCCACGCCAUCUGAAACCCUCAGUUUCAUAGAAGCAUUCCUAGGAUCUCUGCUUUCUCCUUAGCAGCUACAAAACUCUCAGAAGUGUUAGAAGGAGCUAGCAGCAUCAUUUGGUGACUCCAUACCAGCUGCAGGUGGGACUAAGGGAGGAAGAGUUCACAGAGCUAACUUGGUACACAGCCAUGUGUUGUGACUGCAGAAGUUUCCACCAAAUGAUACAGUUCUUGCACAGUGAUGUAAUAUUUAGGUGCUCAGGCUAUGGAGGUGUCUCCCAGCAGCUACAACAUCUUAUUCUAUUAUCCCUAUUGCCUAUGCCAUUGUAACCACUACUCUGGUUUGCUUUCUAGCGAUGUCUGAUGCAUACCACCUAGAUAUUGCAUCCUUAGAGACUUGUAACUUACACCCAGAAGUGCACUUUUCUUGCAGUUUGCACACCAGAAACAGGAAAGGACCCAACAAAUUAUUAAAUAAUUUCAAAUAAUUCCCUGGACAACAAACGUUAUUGCAGGGUUUGCUUUAAUACCAUGUACCUAACAAAGCAGGGUUAGCUAGACUUCUUGCUAAGCAAUGUGGCUUUGUCUCUUCUGCAAAAUCUCUCUUUUUAAUACGUGUGAUGCUUCUUACAACAUCUUACAGGAGAAGUGCCCAGAGCACGUUACUGAGGUCUUGGUGGCAGCUCAGCAUGAGCUCAGGAGCUGGACUGAAGUGAUACAGACACUUACAUUGUGAAGGAAAGAAAGAAAAAAACAACGCACAAGGCCUAACCAUUUGUUUGUAUGUGUAUCUUCCUUGGUAGAUUAAAGUUGCCUGUUUUGAGUUCACCAGCAAUAAAAAAAAAACUUGUGAUUUA